AUGAGAACUUUGUGUCCGAAUUUCGAUAAUGAAGAUGGAUUGGAGACGGUUUUGGAGGUGCCUGUACCUGAGGAGAUGUUCAACAACAUGGGUAAUUCAAACGCAGCAAUGCGAUGGCAAAACAUGCGAAAUUGGAUGAAAACUCAACAACGAGGCGAAAAAUCCGAAAAUAACAACAACAAUGAUCAGUUCAUGUUGCUCCUUAAACUUGUUGGUUCUCCUCUUAUCCCUAUCCAGGUUCAGACAGGUCAUUCCAUGUCGUUUCCCAUCAAGGAUGGCUCCAUUGAAGCCUCAACAGCCAAAUACAUAGUCCAACAAUACUUAGCCGCAACCGGCGGACAAACAGCCUUAAACUCUGUCAACAGCAUGUACGCAGUCGGCCAAGUCAAAAUGAUAUCCUCCGACAUCCACCAAACCGGCGGCGCCGGCAGAGCCGGCGCCGGCGAAUUCUUCACCCACAAACGCGGCAGCGGUACUGGAGGUAACUACGAAGUAGGAGGUUUCGUCCUAUGGCAAAAGAAUCCCGACCUAUGGUUCCUAGAACUAGUCGUUUCCGGCAGCAAAAUCAGCGCCGGUUGCGAUGGAAAACUUGCAUGGAGUCAAUCAUCUUCACAUCCAUCUCAAUCUUCAAAAGGACCUCCAAGACCCCUUCGACGUUUCUUUCAAGGGGUUGAUCCAAGAUCAACGGCGAAUCUAUUCUUGAGUGCAGUAUGCAUAGGAGAGAAGAGUAUAAACAAUGAGGAUUGUUUCAUUUUGAAACUUGAAACGGGGUUGGAAAUGCUUAGGGCACAGAGCACGGUGAAUACUGAAAUUGUUCAUCAUCGGAUUUGGGGUUAUUUUAGUCAACGGACUGGUCUUUUAAUCCAGUUUGAAGAUACUAAACUUGUGAGAAUGAAAGCUGCUUCUUCUAGAGGAGGUUUGGCACCUAAGGAUGAUAAUAAUGUCUAUUGGGAAACUACUAUUCAGUCCAUGUUAGAGGAUUACAGGUAUAUUGACGGAAUUAACAUAGCCCAUGGAGGGAGGACAAGCGCGACAAUCUUUCGAUACGGAAGAUCAUUGAACCAUCGAGCUAAGAUCGAGGAGACGUGGAAAAUCGAGGAUAUUGAUUUUAACAUAUGUGGGUUGUCCUUAGACUGUUUUUUGCCGCCAGCUGACCUUAAGCGAGAUGCGACCGAGCAAGAUGAUCAGCAAGGGUUGGGUGUGUAG